AGCGGACCACUCCAACCGCGCCGCUGUACCUUGUUAUAUUCCUUUCUUCGUCUGUAUUCCAUCCGCCUCCGAAUGUCGGGCGGAGUGGGCGGAGACGGCGGCGGCUCCGCUGAGGAUCGCGGAGCUGGGAUCACCAGCGGCGGACAGGAUAACCGCCCCUCCGCCACCGGCAACACCUCUCAGCCGUCACUUCUGGACGGAGCUCUUCUCCUCCAGCUGCUGCGGAAGCCGUUUCAGGCCCAGCCACCGCCGGCGACGGCGCCUCUUACCCACGACCUUCACCAGCCUCACCGCGAUCCCGUGGGGCCCAGCUUCCCCUUUCCUCCUCACAAGGUCAUCGCUCCUCCGAAGGCGGCGGCCGAUCACUUCCCUCCUCCUCCCAAGCCGGCAUGCUCUCCGGCACUGCCCGGUAUUAUUCGUCCGGUAGCCGAUCACCGGAGAUUCCCGGAGGAUCCUGGGCUUCCAGAGAGAGAUGGGUUUCUGGGCGGUCGGAAGGCUGGCUUUUUUCCGAACGGUGGGUAUUCUGGUUUUUGGCAUCGAGGGGAGAGAAGUGGAGAGAAUAGCCAGCUGGGGUUUCAGAAGGCUGUGCGUGGUGGUGGUGCUGGAACUGGUGGCAGGAUCCCGAGCCGACACAAAGGUGAUGCUGGUUAUGCUGAAUCUGGUCGCAGGGAGAAGGAGUACACGGUGAAGCCACAUGGCUCCUUCCAGCGGAACCCUUCUCAUAAUGAGAAGGGAAGGGGUGGGAUGAUGGAGGAGAGGCGGCCACUGGCUGUGGCACAGCGAAGAAAGGUGAAAGAGGAGUGGGUUCCUGUGAAUGGAAGGCAAGACGGGAAGAAUAAAUCUGAAACAGCUGAAGAUAGCAGAAAAGGAGGAAAAGAAAUGUGCAGUAAUGGAAUUCGAAGUAAUGAUCGGCUUGCAUUGAAGAUGUCCACCAGUCAGGUUGAUCAGAAUGAAUAUGAUACUGGAAACAAUGAUGGGCUUUCCGAGGAGGGAUCAGAUACUUACGAAUAUUUGCAAUGUGAGGUUUUGGAGGAAGGAAACUCGUCCAUAGAAAGAGUUGCAGAGCAGGAUGGAGUGGAUGUUUUUGACUAUGAAAAUGAUAAUCCUCAAGCAGAAGAUGUCCUAGCUGAUCAAGUAAUAGAUCCUUUGAUGCUUGUGGAUGAUCCUACGCGUAAGAGUGUUGUGGGAAAGUCCAAUGCUUCACGAGUCAAGGAACAAGGUUCGGGGAAGAUGAUUGGAUUUACUAAGGAAAGGAAUGGCUUGUAUUUUCUUGAAGGUGUGAGUGGUUCUAUGGAUGAAGGGGCUCGGUUGACUCUCUCACGCUCUCCCAAAAAUGAACUCAGGUCAGAUCUUAGAGGACAGCAAGUAUCAAGCCUGCAAAUGAGAAUCCAUCAAAGAUACAGAGAAUGUCGUGAUGACAUUGACACUUUAUCACCUUGCUUCCUUUCUGUCUAUGAAUCUCUAAAACCUGCAAAAGAGGAAAAGGCAAAGCAAAAUGAAUUAUUACAGUCGCUACAAAAAUCAAUUGAUAAAGAAUGGCCAAAUGCUCAGCUGCAUCUUUAUGGAUCAUGUGCUAAUACGUUUGCCUUCUCAAAUAGCGAUAUUGAUAUCUGCCUUGCAAUUGAUGAUAGCAACAUGAGUAGGAAUGAGAUGUUGUUGAAAUUGGCAGAAAUUUUGCAGUCUGAUAAUCUUCAAAAUGUGCAGGCCCUAACUAAUGCUAGGGUUCCUAUUGUAAAGAUGAUGGACCCCAAAACUGGAAUUGCUUGUGACAUAUGCAUUAAUAAUCUUUUUGCUGUGGCUAACACAAAGCUCCUUAAGGAUUAUACCCAAAUAGAUGACAGGUUACACCAAUUGGCAUUUAUUGUGAAACAUUGGGCUAGGUCACGAGCAAUCAAUGAAACAUAUCGGGGCACUCUUUCUAGUUAUGCGUAUGUGCUCAUGUGCAUUCACUUCUUACAGCUGCGAAAACCUGCCAUUCUUCCUUGUUUACAGGAAAUGGAAGCAACUUAUGUCCUCACUGUAGAUGAUACUGAGUGUGCUUAUUUUGAUCAAGUUGCGAAACUCAAAAAUUUUGGUGCUCAGAAUAAGGAAAGUAUUGCAGAAUUGCUUUGGGCAUUCUUUCAUUAUUGGGCAUAUCAUCAUGAUUAUACAAGUGAUGUAAUAUCUGUUCGCACUGGAAGCAUCAUUAGCAAGCAAUUGAAGAACUGGACAAGGCGAGUUGGAAAUGAUCGUCAUCUUAUAUGCAUUGAGGAUCCCUUUGAAACCUCACAUGAUCUUGGCCGUAUAGUUGACAAGCACAGCAUUAAAAUUCUGAGGGAGGAAUUCGAGCGGGCUGCAGAUAUACUACAAUAUGAUUCCAACCCAAGUAUAACUCUUUUCAAGCCUUACAUACAAAGUCCAAUGCAAAAUUGAUCAGAAGCUGGAGACAUGUUGGACAUGUUUUUGCCCUAACAUUUGGUUGCUAUAUUGCAGUUCCUUUUCCAUACAGGAACAAAUCUUCAGUCUUUUUUGUGCUUAUAAUAUAUUUACUAUGUUCUGCUUAGUAAGCCAAUGGAAAGUGAGGUAUCAUUUAUCUGAAGUGACAGGGUACUUGAUUAUCAGAAACAAAAACAUGUAAGACUUGUCUUUUGGAACU